AUGGAAACUCAAUUUAUAAAUAUUGACAAUAAUAAUGAAACUAAAUUAUUAAAUAGAAAUAGUACAGAUAAUAUAAGAAUAUCAUCACCAAUUUUUAAUGAACAACAACAACAAUUACAACAACAAGAACAAUUAUUAAAACAACAAUUAUUACAAAAUCAACAACAACAAAAAUUAUUACAAGAGCAAAUUUUAAUGGAACAACAACAACAAUUACUUAGACAACAACAAUUAUUACAACUACAACAAGAUGAAUCCGAUGUAAAGAAAGGAGUUACAAGAACCUCAUUUUUCGUAGCCGCCGCAAGAGCCAUUUUAACAAAUAAAUAUAUUAGUCUUUUAUCAAAACAAUUACACAACAGUCAACAAAAUAUAAACACUAGUACCAAUGAGGGUAUUAAUCAAAUUAAAGAAAUUGAAAAUAUAAAUAAAUUAAAAGAUAAAGGCUACUAUAUUCAAGACUUAAUUCCCGAAAGUGAUCUCUCUUUCAUUAAAGACCAACUCUGUACAUAUGACCCAUUUGCAAUUUUCUAUUUAGAUACCGAAGAAGCCAAACAAUUACUUUUAGAUAGCUACCAAUUAUUUUUUUCAAUUUUACCACAACAACCAUAUUUUAACAUUAAACAACACAAUAGCAAUACAUAUAAUAAUAAUAAAAAUAAUUUAAAUUCAAGUAAUAAUAGUUUAAAUUCUAGUAAUAAUAAUAUAAAUAAUAAUAAUAAUUUAACUUUCCAAGAUUUUAUAUUAAAAUCACAUCCAGUUCAAUCAUGGUUUGAUUUCCAAAAUCACAAAACAAUUAAAAGAGUUGCUUUUCGUACUAAAUAUAUUGAUCAAAUUAUAAUGGAUGGUCUUUCACAAAAGGGUUCAAUUGCAAAUUUAAAUGCCACUGCUUUCUUUUAUACUCAAGUCGUUAUUUGUGGUGCUGGUUUAGAUAGCCGUGCUCUUAGAUUACCAAUUCCAAAACAUGCAUCUGUUUUUGAAAUUGAUUUACCACAAGUCAUCGAAUUUAAAAAGAGAGUUUUAGAAAAAUCAACUCAAGUUAUAAAGCCUCAUAGCCAAUGUAAAAUAAAUCAUAUUAGUGGUGAUAUUGUUAAAGAAGGUGACCGUUGGAUUUCAUCUCUUCUCGACGCCGGUUUCAAUCCUGCCAUGCAUACACUUUGGGUUAUGGAAGGUCUUUUAAUGUAUUUAACUGAAGAGGAAAUUGGCACUCUAUUAGGUGCUGUCGGUAUGCUUUCAGCUCCAAAUAGUAAGCUAUUAAUCCAUACUGUUGCCCCAUUCAAGAAAUCAAGUGGUGCUGGUGGCUCUGGUAGUAACAUAGCCGGUGGUAGUUUAUCCCCAUCUUUAUCAUCAUCAACAUCAACAUCAUCAUCUUCAGCUUUUUAUAAUUAUAACAAUAACAACCAACAUCAACAAAAUAAUACCACAUACAACUUUUUCAAAGAGGAGUUUGUUUCUUAUCAUUCAAAUCCAAUCGAAUUAUUAACUCAAUUUGGUUUCUCUAAAGAUAUUACCUCUGUUUCAUAUAGCGACUUAAAUCAAAUGUAUCAAUGCAAUGAUCCAGACUUUAUAAAGGGGGCCGACUAUUCUAAAUUUUCAACUGGUUUAUUCACUGGUUAAAAAAGCUAAAUUCAAAUAUCAACACUUUUUUUAAUUUUAAUUUUUUUUUUAUAAUAAAGAAUUUUAGUUAAAUUAUAUUAUUUAU